AUGAACUUAAGGAUAUAUAUUUUGAUGGAUGUGAAAAUAAUCUUUUAUACCCAUUAAAUCUGCUACCGUCAUUAUAUUAAUGCAAAUUUGUGACACAAUUUAACUACGGCGACCUUAAAUUUAAUUUAGGCAUAAAGCUCUGAACGGUUAAGAAAUAAGUUGAUUUGCGCGGGAAUGUGUCACAGCUGCUUCUUAAAAUAUUUUAUUAACUGAAAAUGGCUAACAUGCUAGGACAUUUAGUGGUUGAUGGAAUCGAUGUCACAGAAUUCAAAUUAGUCCGAUCAUCUAAGGAUAUUGAAAACAAUGAAACAAGUUUUGGACCAGAAAUGUGUCACCAAGUUUUUGGGGAGAAUGAAAAUAUUUUUGGCUAUACAGACCUGAAGAUUAAACUAUACUAUAGUGCGGGGAGCCUGCAAACUUAUCUAGGAAUCUCAUAUUCUGACAAGAUUGACCCAAAGAAAUUAGCAGGGUUAAAAGCAGAUGACAUUGAAGGUGAAAUAAGAAAGGUGCUGGCACCAGGUUAUUUUACAAAUUUGGAUGAAUUUGUGUCUGCCUUAGAAACUGAUAAAUCUUUUACUCCCCAUGGAAAACUUCUACAUUCCUUUGCCUUGGAAUCUUGUGAUGGUGGAGAGAAACGCACUUUUGAAGUAUACUACUGUGAAACAACAAUACCAGGAUUUCUUGAUUACCACAAAAGAUUACAAACUUUCCUCUUGUGGUAUGUUGAUGCUGCUUCAUUCAUUGAUGUGGAUGAUGACCAAUGGACCUUUUUCACCGUGUUUGAAAAGUACUUAUCAAGUGAAGGUGACAUUCAAUAUGCCACAGCUGCAUAUGCUACAGUGUAUAGAUACUAUGCCUAUCCAUGUAAUCUGCGCCCACGCAUCUCUCAAGUUCUCACUUUGCCACCUUUUAGAAAGCUCGGAUUGUGUGCUGAAUUAGUGCAGGCAGUAUAUUCUCAUUUCAUAAUAAUGCCAGAGGUUUUAGACAUUACAGUUGAAGAUCCAUCUGAUGAUUUCCAAAGGAUUAGGGAUUAUGUAGAUGCAAAAAACUGUGAUAAACUACCUGCAUUCCAACCAGAAAAACUGUAUGAAGGAUUUUCACAAGAAAUGGUGGAUCAAGCACGUAGUAAAUACAAAAUAAACAAAAAACAAGCUCGCCGAGUUUAUGAAAUACUUAGACUAAAGAGCACCAAUACAUCUGAUAAGACUUCAUAUCUAAAGUAUAGAUUAGAUGUAAAGAACCGUCUGAAUGCACCAUUUCAGAAAAAGAAAUUAGAAAUGAAGAAACUGGAAAAAGUCCUAAAGCCAGAUGAAUAUGCAGCUACGAUUAGCACUGUAGGUAUAAACGAGACACAGAAUCGUCUUUCAGGACAAUACCUAGCGAUAGAAGAGGAGUACCGACGUGUGAUCCACCGCCUGCAACAUUAUUGAUAACUGUUAUUUAGCAUAGCUGAUAACUAUCAUGAAACAUGAACGUGAGAAAAUAAUUAAAAUUCUUGUGAUAUAAGUUUUUAAUGUUUCCCAAUUGAGUACUGCUGAAAGAUAUUAUAAUUGAUGUAAAUGGUGCACUUCAGUGUUACUCAUAAUUAUUUUAUUUCUCAGUGUAAAGAUUAUGUUAGUAAUUCUGAUGGUAUGAUUUUCAAUUAAUACUAGAGAUUCAACUUUAUAAUUUGUCUUAUUGAAUAAAUUUUGUGUGAUUUAAUUUUUCUUUUUAUUGUAAGAAUAUUAAUAAUUUUUGAAUGGAACAGUAAAUGUAUGAGAUUUUAGUCUGGUAGAACUGUGUGGGAAAUGCUGGCAAAUCUAGGCACUAAUGAAAUGUGUGCUUAAUAUUUUUAUUCGGAGUAUAUGUUUAAUACGCAUUCGCUCAAAUUUCAAGAACAAUAAAAGGCUGAGUUUUUAGAAAAUAUUUUUGAUAAAUAAAACACAUAUUCUUG